AUGGUUUUGUCCCAAUUCGGUUUUGCUGGCGACACAAGAUAUGUCUCUUGUGUGCCAUGCGUCGCUGUGAUAGUGUUUUUGGGAGGAGAAAACGAGGGGAGCAAAAAUCAUUUCAAUGCGACGAAGAAAUCUAACGGAGGAGGGAACAAGAGAGUCUUUCAAAGACUCGGCGGCUCAAACUAUCCCAAAGACUCUAACCAGAAGGUUUGCUUCCACUGGCGGGCCGGCCGCUGCAACUGCUACUCUUGCCCUUUCCUUUACAGAGAGCUACCAGGUUCAGCUCCAUUCCCCGGGUCAUCUUCCACCAACAACAAAGAGUCGAUAAUGACUCUGGUAGUUACUGGGAUUGCUCUGCCUUCUGGUUCUGAUAAGCUUUACACUGCUAGUAAAGAUGAGACUCUGCGGAUUUGGGAUUGUGCUUCUGGACAGUGUACAUGUGUACUCAAUCUUGGUGGAGAAGCUGGCUGCAUGAUUAGUGAAGGUCCCUGGCUAUUGGUUGGCAUGCCAAAUCUCGUUAAGAGUUUUGAUGCUUAUUUAUAUAUACAAGCGUGGAAUAUCCAAACCAAUGUGGACCUGAGUCUCACUGGACCUGUUGGCCAAGUAUAUUCACUGGUUGUUGCUACUGAUCUUCUGUUCGCUGGCACACAAAUAUCAUCAUAG